GCAAUACUUCUUUCUAAGAUCUCCCAUAAACUAAUUCCACAAACUCAUUUCAGAAAAUCUGCCCAGUUCGAUUAGAGCAAUGCAGCCCAAUGAGAUUGCUGAGCUCCAUUUGUUAUUUCCUUCCAACUCAACACAAUAUCCUCCCAAUUUUGCCUUAACUAGUAACUACCCACCAGCUUAUCAGUUUAGCAGGUUCCCCAACCCUUUAUACCAGCUCAAUACCGCACCCCAAGUUCAAGAACUGAAUCCACAGUCAACUUGUUUCAGCAGUAACUCGACAUCUGAUGAAGCAGAUGAGCAACAACUAAGCAUAAUAAACGAGAGGAAGCAAAGAAGAAUGAUUUCAAACAGAGAAUCUGCAAGGCGAUCACGCAUGCGCAAGCAGAAACACUUGGAUGAGCUUUGGUCACAAGUAGUCUGGCUCCGUAACGAGAAUCACCAGCUCGUAGACAAGCUGAACCAUGUAUCAGAACGUCAUGACCAAGUACUCCAAGAAAAUGUUCAACUCAAGGAAGAAGCUUCAGAGCUUCGUCAAAUGCUUACCGACAUGCAGCUGAGCAGUCCUUAUCCUUACUUAAGAGAGCUUGACGAUGAUCCUAGCAGUGACUUGGCCUAAGCAUGAAUUAUGUACUCAUAUUUCUUCCUCAGUUUCCUGAUUUGUUACUGAGAUAGAUGCUAUGAUUUUUGUCUUAUCUUGAUGCCUUUAGCCAAUUGGUGUUGUCUCGAUCUAUAUGAAUCACAAUCCUGUUAUUAU